GAGAGAGAGAGAGAGAGAGGGAGAGAGAGAGAGCGCGAGAGAGAUCCGAGAGUGGAGUGUGGCCCGACCCGAGGGAUCUGCGAUUUAGGGUUUUGAAAUUCCGAACAAAACUAUAUAAUCGAAGGUAUCGGUAAUCGAUCGUUUAAUUAUUCCAUUUUAGGUAUACGUUUUUUCAGAUGUACAGAUGAUAAAAAUGGAGUCUUCUUCGUCUUCGUGUGUGAGAGAUUAAUUGAGAGAGAGGAAUUUGGUGAGACCGCGAGAGCUAAAGAGAAGGAAUUGAGUGUUGUAUUGUGUGAUUUUCUCACUGUAAACCCUAAUACCUGUUUUCUCCUUUAUGUCUGAGAAAAAACUCGUGGUACUGGGCAUCCCUUGGGACGUCGAUACUGAUGGUCUGAAGGAUUACAUGAGCAAAUAUGGCGAUUUGGAGGACUGCAUCGUGAUGAAGGAGCGCUCAAGUGGUCGAUCUCGUGGUUUUGGAUAUGUAACCUUUGCAACAGUUGAAGAUGCCAAGGCUGCGCUUGCGAGUGAACACUUCCUAGGGAAUAGAGCACUUGAAGUAAAAAUAGCCACACCAAAGGAGGAAAUGAGAGCACCUUCAAAGAAAGUCACCAGGAUAUUUGUUGCUAGAAUUCCUCCCUCAGUUACAGAAGAUGAAUUCAGGAGCCAUUUUGAUAAAUUUGGUGAAAUUACGGAUUUGUACAUGCCCAAGGAUCCAAGCACCAAAGGGCAUCGUGGAAUUGGUUUCAUUACUUUUGCAACUGCUGAUUCUGUGGAUGAUCUCAUGUCUGAAACCCAUGAACUAGGGGGGUCAACUGUGGUUGUUGACCGAGCAACACCCAAGGAAGAUGAUUUCCGGCCAGUUAGCCGGAUGUCUCACGGCGGCAGUAGCGGUGGUGGUGGUGGUGGUGGUGGUGGAGGAGGAGGAGGAGGAGGAGGAUAUGGUGCAUAUAAUGCUUAUGUGACAACUAGAUAUGCUGCAUUAGGUGCUCCUACAUCAUAUGAUUACCCGGGCCCCAUUUAUGGAAGAGGCGAGUCAACUCGGGGAAUGGGAAAGAAAAUCUUUGUUGGUAGGCUUUCUCAGGAUGCCAGUGUAGAAGAUCUUCGCCAAUAUUUUGGAAGAUUUGGAAGAAUUUUGGAUGCUUAUGUCCCAAAGGAUCCAAAAAGAUCUGGUCACAGAGGGUUUGGUUUUGUGACAUUUGCUGAAGAUGGUGUUGCAGAUCGUGUGUCAAGAAGGUCACAUGAGAUUUGUGGACAACAGGUUGCGAUAGAUUCAGCUACACCUGUUGAUGAUGGGGGGUCAAGUGGAGGAGGAGGGGCAUAUUUGGAAAAUCCUGAACCGUAUGGAGGUAGUUAUGGGCCGAUGCGAGGCUAUGGAAGAAUGUAUGGAAGCUUGGAUUUUGAUGAUUGGGGUUAUGGUGGGAUGGGGAGGAUGGGAGGAAUGGGGCGGAUGGGGGGAGGUAUGGGCGGGUUAGGUAGCGGCAUGGGCGGGUUAGGUGGAAGUAUGGGCGGUGGUGGGAGAUCUUCAAGGUUGGAUAUGAGGUAUAGGCCGUAUUAGAGGAAGAUUUGCAUGUGUUUGUGUUAUGUUGUGUUGUGUUGAAUCUUUUGGUUAAAAUUAUAAAGUAUGUGGAUGUGGAUUUGCCAUUUGUUGAUGUCCACUAAAAUAUUUAAUGGAUGGAGUUCAUUUAUAAUAUGCUUCUAAUUUGGAUUGUUUA